GAAUUUUCUAUUCGGUAAAAACGUCCGGAAUAAAGCGGACAUCAUAUCUUCUAGAAGUAAUUUUAUGCAUCGCGCUAGAAUUUUUUUUUUAUUUUUCUUUAGGUGAAUUUCCGGCGUUAGGUAUUCAGAUAAAUAUAAGUUCUCGAAAUAAGUCGGAAACCUUGAGGACAAACAUACAUCGUUCGUUUCCUUGGUGACCUGCGCAGUUAUGAAAACUUUCCAGCGUCACUUUCCUGACAUUGGUCACGGUUGGUAACAUUGAAUGUUGGUAAACGAACGGAUGAUGAAUAUUUGAUGUUAUUGAAGUGUCAAAAUUAGUAGUUUCCUUUGUUCUUCGCUGAAUAAUAGAAAAGUGGAUAUUAAUUGGAGUUAAUCGUUUGUGAUCAGUGUUUCUAACAAGUUUAAAAUGUUUUCUAACUUUGACGAUUCUGAACACUAGCUAAAAGUGAAUAAGUGAUUUUGGCGUCUGUUCUAAGUGCUAUAAAUAGCGGACUCCCUUGGAAGUUUCUCAACUACAGGUUUACGUUUCUAUUGAUAAUUAGCAAACAGAAACAAUAGAAACUGUUUUGUUUUCGGUUUCCUCUUGAUUGUAAUGUGCCCCAACCAUUUGUUAAGCAAGAAAUCAGUGAAACGUACCUUGGUGUCAUCAUAUAAUCUUGUUUAUUGGAAAAGAAAAGGAAUAUUCUUGCACCCCACAGCAAUGUUUAAGAACUGUUUAUCUAGUAGUGCUAAAAAUCAAAGACUCUGUACAAUAUAAACGUGUUUUUGUUUGGACAUUUCUAUUAACACCAGCUAUCUGUUAAAAAAAAAUCAAUCAUGAAGUUGCUUGAAAGUACAAGAUUCGAAACCCUCAAUAAUGCUCUAUUCUUCCAAACUGAAGAUUGUAAUAUUGUGGGAAGGAUUGAAAGUUAUUCCUGCAAAAUGGUAGGAACAGACAAAAUACUCUUUAAGAGGUUCAAUCCCGAAGGUGUACAUCCUAGUGAUUUGCAAGCUUUAUCACCACCUCAGGGUUUGUCUCCAGGAAGUUCUCAUUACAGUCAUAGUCUUCCAGGUGAUGAAGAUGGGUUACUGUGUGAUACAAUAAGUCGAAAGACUCUAUUUUGUCUAAUCGCAACACUGAACUCAGCUUUUCCAGAUUAUGACUUUAUGAAUGUCAAGAGUGACGACUUCAGCAAGGAGCCGUCUCGGCAAUGGGUCGCAAAUGCGAUCGAUACGCAGCUGAUCGCCACGGCUGGCGAACAGUACCGCGCCCUAGGCCCGGCUCUGUGGAGCGCCCUCGAGGACGAGAUCUGUCUGUCUGACUGCGACAUAUUCUCGUACAAUCCGGACCUGGCGUCCGACCCGUUCGGCGAGGACGGAUGCCUCUGGAGCUUCAACUACUUCUUCUACAACAAGAAACUGAAACGCAUCGUGUUCUUUACUUGCAGAGCCUCGAAUCCGUUAUAUACCAUGGAUUCUGGUUUUGGAAGCGAUUUCACCAUGGAAGAAGAUGAAAUAUAUUAUUAAUCAUCUUUUCCCUUUUUACAAUAUUUAGUUGAACUUACUGAUGAUAGUUUGUAGAGGUUUCAAGACACUUACCCCACAUUUUGUUCCUUUUUUAUAUCCAAUCCAAGAAGAAAAUCAAAUUUAAAUUAUUCACUCUAUACUUUCCCUUCUCAUUGUUAUAUAUUCACUGAAAGGUCGACAAAUAGGUGAUAAUUCGCCGAUAUUUUAUUGUUUCCUGUAUUGAUAACGAAUAAACCACUGUUUUGAUUUGUUUUAGUUGUAGGGUGGAGCACAAUAAAUUCUUGGAUGAAAAUUGAAGUGAUGCAAAACGUGAAAUCUUUUUGUUGUUAAGAUCUGUAAGUGAAUAUACUGUUCCAGGACAGUAUAUAUGUUUAUCUUACCUUUCAACAGUAUUUUUUUAGAUUUUAGAUUAAAAUUUUUUGGAGACUUAAUUUAUUUUUGGGAUUACUAGUUAGCUCUUUCCUGUUUUAAAAAAUUAUGUAGAUCUGAGUGAAAAAUCAUCUUCAGAAAACUAAUCUAGUACAAAAUAGUUCUAUUUCUCUGUAUUCUGGAAAUCAGUUACAAACAGAAGUGGAAAUUAGAAUCGACUUACUUUCAUCAAGCCAUAAUAUUUAACAAAAUGUGGGAAUAUCUGUGAGUGGUUAUUCAACUUUCAGAUAUAUUACAUAAUUAACAUUAUCAUUGUUUCAUUACAUUAUAUAACGCAGUAGAUUUAUGUUAAAAAUAUGAAGGUUUAUUUGCUUAGGUAGACAUAUAUGGAAAAAUGAGGCUUGAAUGCACAACAAAAAGAGUUUUCAUUUUUGGUUGAAAUGUUUAUAUGCUUGUUACAAGAUUAUUUUAAUAUUUGUAUAGUGCACCCUGAUGUUAAUCAUUAUAUUAAUAAAUAGAUCGUUUUUCUCAUA